AUGGGGAGCCCAGGUUUAAUCAAUCGAAAUAAUGGGCAUCAUCAGCAGCAGAGGUUAGGCAUUACAGAACCAAUUUCAUUGGGUGGACCAACGGAGUAUGAUGUGAUGAAGACCCGCGAACUCGAAAAGUUUUUGCAAGAUGCGGGAUUGUAUGAAAGUCAGGAGGAAGCUGUGAGUAGAGAGGAAGUACUUGGGAGACUUGACCAGAUUGUGAAGAAUUGGGUCAAAGUAAUUAGCCGUGCUAAAGGGUUGAAUGAGCAACUGGUGCAAGAAGGGAAUGCUAAGAUUUUCACAUUUGGUUCUUAUCGCCUAGGGGUGCAUGGCCCUGGUGCAGAUAUAGAUACGCUUUGCGUGGGACCUAGACAUGCAACAAGAGAAGAAGAUUUUUUUGGCGAGUUAUAUAGAAUGCUGUCAGAGAUGCCUGAAGUGACAGAGUUGCACCCUGUGCCUGAUGCUCAUGUUCCAGUGAUGAAAUUCAAAUUUAAGGGGGUUUCUAUUGACCUUCUUUAUGCAAAACUGUCACUUUGGGUUAUUCCUGAAGAUUUAGAUGUUUCACAAGAUUCGAUACUACACAAUGCAGAUGAACAGACUGUUCGAAGUCUUAAUGGUUGCCGGGUUACUGACCAGAUUUUACGUCUGGUGCCCAAUAUUCACCAUUUCCGCACAACAUUGCGAUGCAUGAAGUUUUGGGCGAAGCGUCGUGGUGUAUAUUCAAAUGUUUCAGGGUUUCUCGGCGGUAUAAAUUGGGCAUUGCUUGUUGCUCGCAUAUGCCAGCUAUUUCCUAAUGCACUCCCAAAUAUGUUAGUGUCUCGGUUCUUUAGGGUGUACACUCAGUGGCGUUGGCCAAACCCAGUUAUGCUCUGUGCUAUAGAAGAAGGAUCCCUUGGUCUUCCAAUUUGGGAUCCUAGAAGAAAUCCAAAGGAUAGAUACCAUUUGAUGCCUAUUAUUACUCCUGCUUAUCCUUCAAUGAAUUCCAGCUACAAUGUAUCUUCGAGCACUCUGCGUAUAAUGACAGGAGAGUUUCAGAGAGGCAAUGAAAUUUGUGAGGCUAUGGAGGCAAGCAAGGCUGAAUGGGACACCCUUUUUGAGCCCUUUUCCUUCUUCGAAGCAUACAAGAAUUACUUACAGAUAGACAUCAGUGCAGAAAAUGAAGAUGAUUUAAGACAGUGGAAAGGAUGGGUUGAAUCCCGUCUCCGUCAACUCACCCUGAAGAUUGAGAGACACACUUACAAUAUGCUUCAAUGUCACCCGCACCCUGGCAAAUUUUCAGACGAAUCUACGCCUUUACGUUGUUCUUACUUCAUGGGCUUGCAGCGUAAACAAGGAGUUCCUGCAAAUGAUGGUGAACAGUUUGAUAUAAGGAUAACUGUUGAAGAAUUCAAACGCACUGUCAACAUGUACACAUUAUGGAAGCCUGGAAUGGAGAUCCGUGUAACUCAUGUAAAAAGGAGGAACAUACCAAACUUUGUUUUUUCGGGUGGGGUUCGUCCUUCUCGUCCAUCAAAGGCAACUUGGGACUUUAGGCGGAGUUCAGAAGCAAAGAUUGCUAAUAAUUCUUUAGCAGAUAAGUUAUCUGAAGGUAAAGGAGUUCCAGAUGGAUCAGAUGAGGGAAAGAAGAGAAAGAGAAUUGAUGACGAUACAGAAAAUAACUUGAGAAAUACCAAGUGCUUUGCUGCUGUGCCUUCCUCUGGUGGGGAAGUUCAUGAGGGUAGCCCUUCUGUUGGUAAUGUGAGUUCUUGUUCUGCACAAAGUGACCUUGUAAAUAUAGACAGUUUAGGGGACUUGAAAGGGGAGAAAGCUGAGAAUAAUGAAACAGGGAGCUUAAAUAAUUCGCAAAAUUUAGCAGGGAUUUUUUCUCAAAAUGGUGAGCUUGAUGGAAUGCUGAGAUGCAACCCUCCUGGGAAAGUUUUACCAGCUAACAAUGAUACUUCAAGCUCUAAAGAGGCUGAGAAGCUGGCAAUUGAUAGGAUAAUGUCUGGUCCUUAUGUUGCCCACCAAGCUUUACCACAAGAACUUGAUGAGCUUGAAGAUGACUUUGUAUGUACAAAUCAGGGAAAAGAUUCGGAGGGGGCUGCAAAAGGUAGCCCAGCAGAAUCUUCAUUGUUGAAUACAGCAGCAGUGACAAAUGAAUCUAUAGUAGCAGUUGCAUGUAACAAUGGAGCUGGUCCAUCUACUAAUUUAUACCCUAAUGUUGGCUUGGAGGAGCUUGAGCCUGCUGAACUUAUGGCACCGUUAUCAAGUGGAAUCUCUUCAGCUCCACCCUUGACACAAACAAAACCACUUAUCAGGUUGAACUUUACUUCCCUGGGCAAAGCUGCUGGCAAAAGCACAUGA